AUGGCGCAUUGCUACCUUGAGGCAGCGGAAAGUUUUGUUGCAGCAUUGAACUGCACCAGCCCAACUCCUGAAUCUCUGUUUAAUGCCCUUGAGAAGGAAUUAUUUCCUAAAAGACUACUGCGACCUGUAAAAAGGUUUUCAGAUACACUUAACGUAACCAUCAAUAUUGCUCUGGUGGGAAUUUUAGGAGUGAAUGAAAAGACCCAGUCAAUGACAACAUUCAUAUGGCAAAUCUUGGAGUGGGAUAUAGAGGGACUGAGCUGGGAUGAGAAGGAAUGUGGAACUAAAAGAAUCUCUGUUCCCCGGGAAAAGCUUUGGGUCCCAGACGUCCACAUCGCCGAGUUCAUGGACGAGGACAGAUCUCCGAAAGCUCCCUAUGUCUACUUAUACAACACAGGUCGUGUUUUUGAUGAUAAACCAAUAAGAGUGGUCAGUUCCUGCAGAUUAGAAAUCUAUACUUUCCCCUUUGAUUUUCAAAACUGCUCUCUGACCUUUGGAUCAUACCUCCACUUUGCUACAGACAUAAGGAUGAUUCAAGGUUACGCAGCUGCAGAAAUUCUGGCGGGGUCCAGAAAAGUGAUACAGACCAAAGGAGAGUGGGAGCUUGCAGAUAUCAAAAUAACUCCAUCUACCCUGGAGAUAACUGAAGGAAGCUACUCAGACAUCAUAUUCUAUAUCAUUUUGAGACGCAGGCCACUCACCUAUGUGGUGAACCUACUGAUCCCAAGCUGCUUCCUUAUCACACUGGACCUCUUCAGCUUCCUGCUGCCUCCUGCAAGUGUGGACCGAUCCGCAUUCAAGAUGACCUUAAUCCUGGGCUACACUGUCUUCCUGCUCAUCAUGAACGACCUGUUGCCUGUCACUGGGGAGACAACACCUCUCAUGAAUGUUCUAUUCUCUCUCAGUCUCGCUCUGAUGGUGGCCAGCCUGUUGGAGACAGUGUUUAUCACUAAUAUCCAGUUCAGCUCCAGCCAGUACAGUGCGGUGCCUCACUGGCUCAGUGUCCUUGUGUUACAGUAUCUAUCUGUUGUCGUUUGCCUCCCUUCAACAAAGAACUGCAUCAAAAUCUCCAUUCCACCACCUGCUACAGACCCAACAGUGAAUACAAGUAUGAUUUCUUCAAGAGCUCUUCAGAGCAUCUCUGGUGAUACACCUCUAGAAAAAAAGCCUCCAGAUAUGGCCCUGGAUGAAGUGAGGAAACUGAGCAGAGAUCUCAUGGCCAUUCGCCUCCAGAUGGACAAACACUUCCAGGGGAGCAAGACCUCACAGGAAUGGCAAAUGAUCGGGGUAGUCAUCGACCGUCUGCUGUUCGGCUUGUACAUUAUCUUCAUCUCGGUCAGCUUUCUCACCAUCGUAUCUAUCUGGAUCUGGAAUCAUUCGUUGGAAGAUUGACGUUAAAGAGAGAGAGAGUGUUAAAUCAAACAAUUAUAUUCAUCAGCAAAAGUUUGACAGGACGGUAGUUCACUAAUUAAUGUUGUAGUAUUUCUCAGUAGUUUGUGAGGAAAAUGCAGGAGAAACAAAAUGAAAUGCAGAGAGCUGCAUUUUGUGCGUUUUAGUUUUGUUUUGUUGUGUUUUCUAUAUAAGGUUUGUUUCUAAAAGUACAUUUUUCUUGGUUUGAGAAAUUUCAUAUAAUGCUUUCUGUCUGAGGAUUAUAUCUAGAAGACCAUAUCGACCAAACUGCUUGUACAGUCAUUAGGAGGAGGGGUGCUGCUUUAAAUGCUUUUUUAAUUUGUAUAGGUAAUUGGUAGGAAAUUCAGUUAACCUAUGUUUCCUUUUCCUUUUCUUUUAUUUAAAAUAAGGUAAGUCCGAAAACUUUGGGAAAGGAAUCCUCUUGGUUUUAUUUAUUCCUGCAGUUUGUCUCUUUGCCUGUUAUUUAUAAACAAUCAAUCCUGCUAUUAAUACCCAAAUCCAUAAACAGCUGGUUUGUAACACAGAAUCACAGAUUUCUAAAACAUAAAAUAAAACCAAAACUAAGUACAUGCUUCAACAGCACAGAAACACAGCACCUGAGAAUGGAACAGAGCUCAACUCCCAGAGGUGGAGGUGUUGAAAAAUAAAAUGGGUGAGUGGUUACCGAAGGUGUGGAACAACAAGUUCCAUGUUGUCCUGUGUGUGUUUAUGAUCCAUCUGCACAUAUCAAAGUUUUUUGUGUUUUGCAUCUAUUCAUUUUUAUCUAUUUGUGAGGCUAUUUGUUUAUUUUUAGAAAAGUUUUUUUUUUUUUUUUUUUUUCUAAUCUAUGGCAUUAGCUUCCACAAAGUGGUCUCUAGUCUUCCUGGGAUCCACAACACUCUACACUCAAUAGUAUGAACGCCUCCAUUUUCUACUGUAUUGGAUGAAAAUACAUUAUAUCCACAAUGUUGGCAAUUAAUUGGACAUAUUUGUAAUUAGUAAAGUUGUGUGGUUUUUUUUGUUGGAGUAUAGUCUGCAUGUGUUUGUGUGUGUUUACACAUAUGUGAAUGAGGUUUUUGUUGCAGGUUUUUCCAGGGUUUGGGUUAGAGUUAGAGUUAGAGUUAGAGUCAAGUUAUGGGUUGGUGUUAGGCAUGUGGUGGUUGUGGUUAUGGUUAGGGUAAGUCUCCAGAGAAUUAAUGUUACUCAUUACAAUCUCCCCCCUUAAGUUAGAAAAACAAGUAUGUGUGUAUGUAGACCGCCAGCAGUCAGCUCUCUUUGCUUUAGUCGGGGGUUGUGGAAGAUAUUUGGUCCAUCAGAAACAUCCAGCAUGAGUCCAUCUCAGCAGACGAUCACCAUCAUCUCAGGUUUACUCUUAAUGUCAGGUAAUGAUGACCUACUUUUGUUCACCUCUUUAUUAGAGAGUUAUGUGUGUGUUAUUUUCUAAACUGAUGCAUGUUUACCUCAAAGUAUCUUUCUCUUCAUGCAAAUAAUAAGCAGUACAGUUAUUAUUUUAAUAAUAAUUAGUGUAGUAGUUUAUGCUGUUUCAGGUUUAAGUGACGUCAUCUUUUCUGUUUUGGACAGGUAGAUUUGAAUUGACUCUUGUCAUUGUAUACGAGGAGAAAAAUCCCUGAAAACAUUUAACUAUGCACCAUAUUUCACUAUUUAUCCUCUUGCAAGCUAUGCAUGCCACAUUAUGUUGAACAAAAUGACUUUCUACUAUUUACCUUAUGCCAUAUAGUAUCUAUAUCACAACAUUACUCAGUGUUAUCCAGCUGUUUGGAUUCCAGCUUAAUUCAAAGCUCAUUUUCUUGUCUGUGUCCAA